CGAUUUUGUUUAUUUUUUUUUAUCACCCGUCUAUUCUAAACAUGUCGCAGGCGAUUGGCAAUACUGCUCUUGCAUAUGCCCGAGUAUGGCAUGUUGUCGAUGCACGACAGCGAGUGCUCGGCCGUUUGGCUACGAGUGUGGCCACUACCCUGAUGGGAAAACAUAAGCCUAUAUAUGAUCCCGCCUCUGAUUGUGGUGAUUAUGUGGUGGUCAUUAAUGCCAAGGAUGUAUUGGUGACGGGCAGAAAGGCCGAGCAGAAAUUGUACCGCCAUCACACCGGUUACCCUGGUGGUUUGAAGGAAAUCAACUACGAAACCCUCAAAGAGAAGAACCCCACAGAGGUAUGUAAACCGGAUUCAACGAAAUGGUAUUUGGACAUGCCAGGGACUCAAUUGUUUGUUAUGCUUUCUCUUUGUGGUUUACAGCCUAUUCGCAAAGCCGUGUCAGGCAUGCUUCCGAAAAACCGACUUCGCGACGUACGAUUGAACCGUUUGAUGAUUUUCGAAGGCAGCGAACAUCCGUACGAAGCCAACAUUAUCAAACAGCACGGCUUGGAACAACAACAACAACAACAACAACAAUAACAGCACCAAAUAAUAGACCAAAUUCAUAUUUUUCGCUUUUUUUAUCAUUUCUCUUCGCUGAUGUACAAUAUGGCCACCCGUAAAUAAUGGUUUUUUAUUUUUUCCCCUCUUCAAUCCUUUCUUGUUUUAUUUUUGGCGACGAUGAUCAUGAUGAUGCAUUUGAGAAACUUUAAACAGUAACAAAAUAGUGCUCUUGAUGCGUAACGAGUGAACGCCCCGAAUUGCAAAACGAAUGGAUGAUUGUUGUUUAAAGU